AUGCCAGACGAACCCGAACACACGAGCAUCCCCUCGUCCAAGUGCUCAAAUUCGUUGGAGCGUCGCGUGGAGGACACAGUGAACGCGAUCAAUUGGGACGCCCUCUCUGCCAUCACAUGCAAACUCCAUCAAGUGCAAUCAGCUGAAUGGCGCGAUCCGCUGUGGGGCGGAUAUAACGUCGUUCGAUUCCUCCACCUCGACAAUGCCGACAAGACCGUUAUCGUGGCCCGUGUACCACAUCGACCAUCCAAUGGGUACACGACGGAGCACUCUAGAGCUCUUUCCAACCGGAUCUCUAGUGAAGUAGCAACCAUGGAAUAUGUCGCCACGUACACUCGCAUUCCCAUUCCCCGUAUCUUGCAUUUCAGCGCCGAAGUGGAUCCUCUAGUGGGCUCGCCUUACAUUCUGAUGUCAAAAGUGGAUGGAGUUCCCCUCAACACCCUGUGGGACGGCAUGACGGAUGAUCACCGCGAGAUUGUGUUACGACAGGUCAUCGACAUCCUACUGGAGCUUUCAACGCACCGCUUCGACAGGAUCGGUGCUCUGUUCAAAAGGAAUGGUGUCGGCAAAGACGCUUGGUGUGUACAGUCUGCAUCAUCCUUUGCAUCACCCGAGGACAGGAAUGCUUCUUCUGCUAUGACAUCCACGUAUUCGAGUGGCGCUGAGUACUGGAUGCAUUAUGCGACUACCACGCUGCAGCGCAUUCGUGACAACGACUUCGGAGAUAGAGCAAAGGAGUACUUCUACGCGCAAGCAUGGUUCAUUCGUUCGCUCAUUCCUCACCUCUACGACCCAUCCCUGGAUUGCGCAGGAUUUCCGUUAUGUCCGGGAGACUUUCAUUCUCAAAAUAUCAUGGUUACUUAUGUGGACUCCAAGCCUGUCAUUUCUGCGGUCAUCGAUUGGGAGUUUUCCACCACACAGUCCGUUGUCAGUUUUGCAUGCUAUCCACUCUUCAUCGUUGAUCAUCCUUUCUGGGAUGACGACCACCCACUCCGCUUACGGAACGUGCAGGACCAAGCAACGUUUGACAGACUCCUGCGGGAAGCCGAGCAGAACGCCAAUCCGGGCGGCAGUCUCUUGCUCUCAUGUCUAUUCUCGAAUUGUCUGGGUGUUUAUCUCUUUGAGCAGGCUAUUCAAUUCCCUGGCUUAAUUCGUGACGUGAUCUACCCUCAGCUCUUCGAAUACAUCUUUGGUGAAGUUGGGAAGGAGGAGGAAAAUUUCCGUGGUGAUUAUUACUACGCUCUAAUGGAGAAGGGAAUUCUGAGGAAGCCGACGGCUCGAUUUGAAAGGGAGACGGAAGUAUGGUCUGAAGCGGUGAAGAUUUUGGGCGAAGACGUUGUCCCCAGUGAUUUGAAUAGGGAUCGGUUCAGAGCUAUGGCACAGGCGCAUAUCGAUAGAUUCGACGUGGAUGGACAGGUGCGACAGUGGCUGACUGCCGAGGAUCCGAACCCCAUCUCACCUCGAUAG